AUGUCAGAUUUUUACGAUGAAGUAAAUUUCUCUUAUUCCUCGCCACGUUUUCGCGGGAUCUUAUCACGUCUCUGGACUUUGCAGAUCAACUCCCUCCAAGAUGCGAUACAGGAAUUCGACGGGAACGUCGCGAGAAUAUCGGACAUGCAUUCGCGCUCGCUGAACGCCAUGGACGACGCUCUCACGCAGCAGAACGCCGCCGCCCUCGACGAGCUCGUCGCCAACACCAGGAUGCUCAGCAACCAGCUGAGGAACCGCAUCCAGGCUCUGGCGAAGCAGCCCACACCUCCUGGACAAGACGCGCGGAUACGACAAAAUCAGACGCAACUUGUUAGGACACGGUUUAUGGAGGUUCUCCAACGGUAUCAGGAAAUGGAGCGGGAUUACCGCGCGAGGUACCGGCAACGGGUAGAGCGACAGUUCAAAAUUGUGAAACCCGACGCGACCCCUGAGGAAAUUUCGGCAGUCGUCGAUGACGAUGACGGGCAAGGUGGACAAUUGACCUCUACGACGCGCUACCGCGAGUCGAGGCUCGCUUACAACGAGGUACAAGAACGGCAUCAAGAUAUUCGCAAAAUCGAAAACACCCUUGCUGAGCUCGCGACACUGUUUAACGACAUGGACACUCUUGUUCUCCAGCAGGGAGAAGCCAUCGACCAGAUUGAGCAGUCUGCCACUCGAGUCGAGCAUGACACAGAACAGGGGCUGAAACAGACAGAGAUAGCGGUCAAGCAUGCGCGCUCGGCGCGCAAAAAGCGCUGGAUGUGCUUCUUCAUCUUUUUGCUCGUCAUUGCCAUCCUUGCCAUCGUUCUCGGUGUUGUGUUGGGCAAGAAGUGA